UCUUCAAAGAGAGAAGAAAUUUUCAGAGAGUAAUUUAAGAAGUCCGAAGACAUUUUAUUUUUUAUUCAAGCCACGCGCAGGGCAAACAUGGAGUGGAAAAACGUAUCUAUUCUGGUGUUCACUCUGUUCGUGUUUAUGAUUGGGAACUUGUUUGGAUCGGAAAACGCUGCAGAUGCCGAAAGGCCACAGAAAAGCAAAAAGCAAGACGCAAAAACAAUAAAAAGGUCGAUCGAUGAUUUGGAGGGUUUUGAUAUGAAUGCAUUUACCAGGCAUAUUCCUCGUGCUUUCAUUCCCAGAACACCCACACCGGAAGAGGUCAAUUGUUACAUGGAAGUUGAAACUACUACACUCGUCGGAGGACGCUGCGUGAACAUGGGGAGGUCCCCCAUUCGCGCCUGUCAGUCUGGGAUCCACACAGAAAUCUACCACCCACAGUGCAUGGGUACCCAAGAGACACAAAGUGCAACGCAGGUCGCUAGUGAUUGAAAUUAUAAACUUUUUUUAUGUAUUAAUGUUUAGCAAAACGAGAAUCUUUCUAAAUACAGAUUUACAGUACUUAAAAUGUUUUCACGUACAUGUAAGACGAAUUUGAACUAUAUAACGUAAAUCUAAUUGCACAACUUUCUAUUGUUUAUAUCUAUAUAUAUUUUCUGUGUAUGUGUGUAUAAAAUUUCAAAUAAUUUUAUCUUAAUUCUUAUUCCAUAUAUCAUUUAACUAAUAAUGCGAAAAACCACUACUAUGGAUAAAGUAAAUUUUUGUGA